AUCGUAGGCGCACGUCUCCAUAUUGCUCCGCGAAUUAACAAAGUAUUGUCGUGAAUAAUUCGUUUUUAAUUCUAUUCAAACGUAUUUCGCAUCACUGAAAUAUUGUGUUUUGAGUGUUCAUUGACAAGUGUAUAGUGGUGUUCAAGAUUUAAACGUGAUUUUUGUAACAACAAUCUCGUUUUAAACUUGUAUUCUCAACGGAAAGCGAUCGUGUCGGAUUCCGUUGAUUCAGUACCAUUGAUACGGUAGUCGCGAUGCUGUGAUGGUACCGGCGUCAUGAUGAGGCUCGACGCAUCCGAAAAACAGCACCGCUACCACAAUCUCCUCAACGACGACCAUGCUAAUGAAAUGCUAGAAGGCGAAGGGGCGGGUCUUGCGGCUCGCGUGGCCGAGCUUGAGGUCCGCUGCGCCAGACAGGCUGAAGAACUACUCUGCCUACGGUCCACCCUCGCUGAUGCUCUGAGGAGACUCAACGCUUUAGAAGGCAGAGCUCCACCACCCUCUACGGGCACACAGAGAAACGGAACGUAUACAGGAUCAUCAGGAACACCAACAAGAGAACUCCGGAUAAGACAACCGACGUAUCGUGAGACAGCCAAAAGGACUUCCAGUUAUGGGUCCUCAACGUCUUCGUUGCCCCAAAGACGUGGUCCACAACACCAAUCGACGGGCUCUCUGCAGUCAGACUCGCCGGCGUCUUCGUCAUCCCUCUCACCGGCACCCUCGCCCUCACCACGAGCCACGCCCGCACCACUCCAUGUACCACACGCAUCACAACCAUACAGAUCCCGAAACAACUCGACCUCGAGCAAGGAGAGCGUGUCUCCGGGUGUGAACCUCACGAAACGCUGGAGCUCCACAGGGGAUUUCAACGCGCAAGGCCUCAUCGCAAACAGCAGAUUCACGACAAAGUCGUUGCUAAACUUGUAUUCUAAGCCAACACAGAAUGGAGCUAUUUUGAAGCACGGCACCCACACAUGCCAGUACAAUGAAGAAGACGGUACAAUGAGGAUGUACCUCCGCGGAAGGCCAGUUGUCCUACACGGGCCCAGUGACCAAGACGGCUUGGACCCCGCGAAGGUCGCGCCCCCACCGCAAAACAAGCUCAAACUUGAAUGGGUGUACGGAUAUAGAGGCAAAGACUGCAGGAGCAACCUAUAUCUCCUGCCCACCGGCGAGAUCGUGUACUUUGUUGCAUCGGUCGUGGUGCUAUUCAACGUGGAGGAGCAAUGUCAGAGGCAUUACACCGGCCACACCGAUGACGUCAAAUGCUUGGCGGUUCACCCUAACAAGUUGAUCGUGGCCAGUGGCCAGUGCGCCGGCCACGACCGGGUUGAUGCUAGGCCUCAUGUCCGCGUGUGGAACUCCGUGUCUCUGGCGACGCUGGCGGUGCUGGGCGCCGGGCAGGCCGAGCGCGGCAUAUGGGCGGUGGCGUUCUCACGAGCGGACGGCGGCUCGCUGCUCGCUGCCAUACACGACGCGCCCGACCACGUCAUCUCUGUGUGGGACUGGCAGAGGUCGGACAAGGGACACUGCCUAGCCGAAACCAAGUGCUCCGUGGACACGGUGGUCGCGGUGGAGUUCCAUCCGCUCGACCGGAACCAGAUAGUGACGUGCGGCAAAAACCACAUCGCCUUCUGGACGCUGGACCAGACCAACGUGCUGUACAAGAGGAUGGGGAUCUUCGAGGCCCGCGACAAGCCCAAAUACGUCACCUGCCUCGCCUUCAACCACAACGGCGAUGUGCUGUCUGGCGACUCGAGCGGCAACCUGACGGUGUGGGGCCGCGGCACCAACACGGUGCAGCGCCUCGUGCGCGCCGUGCACGACGGGCCCGUGUUCAGCGUCGCCUGCCUCAAGCACGGCGCCGUGCUGUCCGCCGGCGGGAAGGACGGCCGCAUCGUCAUGUUCGACGCCGACGUCAACCCCACCGGCCUCGAGAAUGUGAUCGAGGGUCACUAUGGGGGCGUGCGAGUGCUGGCGGAGGGGCGCGGCAGCCAGCUGUACGUGGGCACCACCAAGAACUGCAUCCUGCACGGAGACCUGGAGCUCGGCUUCUCCCCGGCCGUGCUGGGCCACGUGGAGGAGGUGUGGGGGCUGGCGGCGCACCCGUCGCUGGCGUGGUUCGCGUCGGCCGGCUGGGACCGCCUGCUGCAGCUCUGGGACGCGCUCAGCCACUCCACCGUCUGGAGCAAGGACAUCGAGGAGCGGGCGCAGUGCGUGUCGUGGUCGGCGGACGGCGCCGUGCUGGCCGUGGGAUGCCUGUCGGGGCGCUGGCUGGUGCUGGACCCGCACUCGCGCGACGUGCUGGCGCAGCACCAGGACGGUUCUGAGCCGAUCCAAACAAUCCAGUACUCGCCGGACAACAAGAUGGUCGCCCUCGGCUCCCGGGACAACUUCAUAUACAUUUACCGGGUCGAAGACAACGGCGCUAGGUACAGUCGCCUCGGAAAGUGUUUGGGCCACUCCAGUUACAUUACGCACUUGGACUGGUCGGAGGACAGUCAGUACAUCAGAAGCAACUCCGGGGACUACGAGCUGCUCUUUUGGAACGCGAUGACGUGUCGGCAGGUGACCAGCCCGUCGUCCCUGCGCGACGCGGCGUGGGCCAGCAACACGUGCCCCAUCACCUUCACGACGGUCGGGGUGUGGCCGGAGAACGCCGACGGGACCGACAUCAACUCGUGCGCGCGGUCGCGCGACGGUCGACUGGCGGCCACGGGUGACGACUUCGGCAAGGUCAAGCUGUACGCCUACCCCGUCACGCAACCCAAGUCGCUGUGCCACGCGUACGGCGGGCACUCGUCGCACGUGACGUGCGUGCGCUUCACGCAGGACGGCGCGCGCCUGCUGUCCGCCGGCGGACUCGACACCAGCCUCAUGCAGUGGCUCGUCGACUGAGCGACCGCCACGCGCCUACCAAGUACCAUACUUGGUACUCCUUCGAUAUCAUUCCAAGCGUUUCACAGUACUUCAGCUAGGCCGCGUGUCGUGGGGCUCGUAUUGUUUGGUUCCGAAGAAUAUUAUUAAGAAAUCAUGGUAACCCUAAAAGCGACUUCUCCAUACAUAAAUGACCUACGUGCGAUAGAAAAAAAAUAUAUUAUCUAAUGCUCUAAAGGUGUAAUUUCA